AUGCUCUCCCUCCUGGCUGCCCUGUCCUUGCCCCUGGCGUUGGUCAACGCCUACGCAAACCCGAGUCCCUGCACCGGCGACUGCUGGGCUCAUGAUCCUGGUCUCUGGCGACGAGAUGACGGCACAUACUUCCUGUUUUCUACCGCCGGUGGCAUUCAGGUCAGCUCGGCACCGGCUCUCAACGGGCCAUGGACGAGAGUGGGCGAAGCCUUGCCCGGUGGUUCGUCCGUCAACCACCCCGGCAGCACGAACCUCUGGGGCGACGAGUAUUACAUGUACUAUGCCGUCUCCACUCUGGGAUCUCAAAACUCCGUCAUUGGGGUGGCUACCUCCAAAACCAUGGAACCCGGUAGCUGGACCGACCACGGUAGCACUGGUCUAAGCUCCGACGGCUCUCAGGGGUAUAACACCAUUGACGCCAAUUGGAUCAAGAUUGGAGACCAGGGACUUCUCACCUUUGGAUCUUAUUGGCAGGGCUUGUACCAAAUUAAUAUGGAUAGCCCACUGAAGGCCGGCACCGCAGCCGCAGCCAACAUUGCUUACAAUGGAACCGCCCCUCAUGCCAUUGAGGCACCCUACCUCUUCCACUACCUCGACUUUUACUACCUGUUCUUCUCCUCCGGGAGGGCUAAUGGAUACGAGACCAAUUUCCCUCCCCAGGGAGAGGAGUACCGCAUCAAUGUGUGCCGUUCCUCAACUGGCCGAGGUGACUUUGUCGAUAAAAAUGGAGUGUCCUGCCUCGAAAGUGGGGGCACAACUGUGCUCGCAAGCCAUGACAAUGUGUACGGCCCUGGCGGACAGGUCCCGAUCCAUCGGUCUAAUAAAACAAAGAAAAAAAAAAACACGAGGUUCCCCGCUUUUGAAGAGAAAACGUGGCCAGAGAAACCCUCACUCAUUCACCAUCAACAUGUCUUUUCGCAUCUCCACGACCUCACAACUACGAUGGCCGAUUAUGAAGACACGAUUGAGGUUGACUGGGGAGUGGCCACCCCCGAUCUGACCGACGAUACCUCAUCUGAGGCCAGUACGUCCCUACGAUCUACCGUGCUCGAAUACGAAUUCCGCCACGGUCGGCGCUAUCACAGCACGCACGCCGGAAACUACCAUUUCCCCAACGAUGAAGUCGAGCAGGAACGCCUGGACAUGGUGCACCAUAUUUACUAUCGACUGUUGCACAAUCGAUUAUUCUUAGCCCCGAUCGAUCUGGCGGGAAAGCGGAUCCUCGAUAUUGGUACCGGGACCGGGGUGUGGGCCAUCCACUUGGGCGAUGAAUACCCGGCCGCCGAAGCCAUCGUCGGCAACGAUAUCAGUCCUAUCCAGCCGCGCUGGGUGCCACCGAACGUGAAAUUCUACAUUGACGAUGUCGAGAGGGAUUGGGUGGACGGCCAGAAAUAUGAUCUCAUCCACUGUCGCUACAUGGCGGGUUCGAUUAAGGACUGGCCGCGGUUGAUUAGGCAAUGCUUUGGGAAUCUGAAACCGGGAGGAUAUCUGGAGCUGCAGGAAUCGGUCAAUACACUGUAUGCGGAGGACGACAGCUUACCGCCCGACUGUAACACGGUGAAGAUGAUGGAUGCGCUCAAGGAGGGAUGUCUGCGGAUUGGACAAACCAUGGAUCCCGCUCCACAUAUGCAUGGUUGGGUGGAAGACGCUGGCUUUACCAUCGUUGACGAACGGAAGUUCAAGCUCCCACUUGGGAACUGGCCAAGGAACAAGCGGUUGAAGGAAUGUGGCAGCUUCAACCGUGUCAACUUUGUCGAGGGCGUGGAUGCCUUUACAGCCUCUAUCCUCCCGGAUAUACUAGGCUGGCGGAAGGAAGAAGUGGUGGUGCUUAACGCUGCAGUUCGGAGGGAGGUCAUGGCAAACACCAUGCAUGCGCUCUUCGACUUCCUGGUAAUUGUUGCCCAGAAGCCCAUGUAG